AUGGCUCCAGAAGGGUAUUUCGAAUACUGCCCUGCUCUGUUCUGGGCCAUAGCGAGUGUUGGUGCUCGGCGAUACCAAGUGGAGCCCACUCUACUCAACCGUCUUAGCGGGCCGAUUACGCGCCUGGUGUGGAGCGCUCUGGCAGAUAUGAAGCAAAUGUAUGGGGUUGUCAAGGCACUUUGCUUGCUGUGCACUUGGCCAUUUCCGACGUCCAGCACCAGCAGCGACCCUACCUUCAUCUUCUGCGGAGUGAUGAUGCAGAUUGCCAUGCAGAUAGGUCUGCAUAGGCCGAGUCACGCUCAGGAUUUCAGCAAGUUUCGCAUGGAGUUGCACGAAGAUGAGCUCAAGGACCGAGUGCGAACUUGGGCAAUUUGCAACAUUGUUGCACAACGGGUCGCAACCGGUUAUGGACAGCCAGCCAACACCCUCUACGAUUGGACAUUAAGCUCGAAGGCUGCAAACACAGAUAGCAAUUUCACGUUACCAUCUCCUGUGGCCGACCACCUCCGGAUUGAGCGCUUUUCCCAGAAAGUGUCGAGCACUUUGUAUUCGAAUCGACAGAAUCCUGUCGGCCUAGCCUCUGACACCGAGCGCCAGGCAUAUGUGAAUCUUCUGGCUUCAGAUUUCGCCGAUUUGGAAGAAGAGAUCUCCGAUGGUUCUUCUGCGGUGACGCUGAUGUACUUGCGUGCAGCGCAUCUUCAUCUCCGAUUGAGUGCCUUUUUCUCUCCUCCCACCAUGACCUCAUACCGAACGGAUUUGAUGAGACUCUACAAUGCCACGACCUCGUUCUUGGAGACAUGUUUAGGCCAUGAGCAAUCGGCAGGCUCGGGAUUCACUCAUGAGGCCAGCGUUUCAGCAGGAUUCGUGUCUCUCAUUUACGGCACCAAUUACAUCUUUCAGAUGAUGCUAGCUGCAGGUUUCGCAUUGCUGAAGCUGCACAACAAUUUUCUUCAGCAGGUAGGUUUGGACAGCGAGCAGGAGAAAGCCAGAAAUCUAUUCAACAAGACUAUUUGGGCACUGAGAAGCAUGAGCGUGCAAGAGAACGAUCUGGCUCAAAGAUUAGCCGAGGUGCUUGCACAAGUAUGGAGAGGUAGUCGGGCUGCUGCAGAGAAGAACGGAAUUGGUGCAGCACCAGCAUACAUUGACAACAGCAUGCAGCUUAAAGUUCGCUGUCGCAUGUCAGUGUCAUUGGUGUACGACUCGGUGUGGCGUUGGAGGGAAGAGGCCAGCAGAAAAGGGAUCUCCCUCGAAUCAUACCUCAAGCACCCCACUGAUCCCUCCGCCAUCACUGACUCCAGCGCGUCUUCUGUCACUGCGGGUACGAACAACUUCACGUCUGAUCCACCGCUUCGACCUCUCUCCGUCGUUCCGGGCAUGCCGGGUAUGGCCACGGGCUUGGGGUUUCCCGGUAAUGGGAAUCUAGCCAGCGGCUACAUUGAAGCGAAUUAUGAAGUUUUCGACCCUCUGAAUUGGAUGUUGGACGGACUGGUGGAUUUCCCGUAUGCCUUGCCUGGAAUGCCAGACAUGGACCAGCUGGGUAUGGGAGGACUGGGCGGCAUAAGCUGA